AUGGCGAGCUUUAUACACAAGCUCGCCAAAAACAGAUCCUCCAUAAGAACCAUCACAACCCUCAACACCCAACUAUCUCCAAAACCCAAACUUUUUCUCAUUCCCCACCAAACCCAUAUCGCAAAAACUCAAAAACCAGAAGACUAUGCAAACAACCCAAUUCCUCUUUCGGGUCCCACAAGCGGAGCACAGGUGGAGCCCACUCAACUGUUGCGAUUCUUCCCAAGUUUCCCAUUUGGGUAUUGCUUAAACCCUGUUUUCUCAACUGGGUUUGAGAGAUUUGCCGAGGGGGAGGCUGGUGAGGUCGAGUUUGAUGAUUCGAGGACGGUUUGGGCUGACAGUGUGAAGAAGAAGAGGAAGAAGAAGAUGAACAAGCAUAAGUACAAGAAACUUAGGAAGCGCCUUCGUCGAAAGUCUAGGACAUGA